CGGUUUCCCAUCGACAGGGGAGGCAUUUUCUGGAAGGGAGUUGCCGGAACCGAAGGAGGGAGCGCGGGAAAGCAGCCCGGGAAGCCGGUGCCAGCGCGUACGGCCGCCCUGCAGCGGGAGGAGCGCGCGGCCGCUGCCGCCAGAGGGCGCUGUCCGGCUCCCCGCGACCCCGGCCUCCGCCUCCCUCCCCGGGGACCGUCGCCGCAGCGGCCGCUCUAGCCGGCCGGCGCGGGCUCUGUGGUUCCGGGCGGAAGUGAGGAGCGCGGCGGAACGGCCUCUGGUGACAUUUUCUUGGGGCGGCGCGGACGACUGAAGGGACUUGGCGGCUGCGGAGGCGGUGGGCUUCCCUGUGUCCGCGGCGGGGCCCUCUGGCUGCGACCCCCCUCUGCUCGCUGCCGGGGGCUCGUGCCGCCGAGGAGGAGCAGGCGGCGGUGGGCCGUCUCGUCCCGAGUGACCGCGGCCGGAGCUGGGGUGGGAGAGGGAGAGGCUCCCGGCCGGAGGGUCGUCGCCGUGUGCCCCGACGGGGAGGAGGAGGCGGCGGCCCGGAGCGCAGGUUUCUUUCCUGUUGCAUCUUUGAUAUCAUUUCCUAGACUUUGCUCCAUGAUUUGAUUUGAAAUUCUGAAAUGAAGAUGGAGGAGGCAGUGGGAAAAGUUGAAGAACUCAUUGAGUCCGAAGUCCCACCAAAAACAUCUGAACAAGAGACAGUCAAGGAGGAAGCAGGUUCUGUGGAACUGGAUUCUCAAGUUCCGAAAGACAGUGUGACGGAUUCUACAGUUCUCUCUUCCAUGCCCUGCUUGUUGAUGGAACUGAGAAGGGACUCUUCGGAGUCUCAGUUUGCAUCGACAGAGAGUGACAAGCCGACAACCGGCCGUGUGGAUGAGAGUGACUCUUCUAAUCACUGCAUGCUUUCCCCUUCUUCUAGCGGCCACCUGGCUGAUUCAGACACAUUGUCUUCUGCAGAGGAGAAUGAACCAUCCCAGGCGGAGACAGCAGUGGAAGGAGACCCUUCAGGAGUGUCUGGUACCACGGCUGGGCGCAAGUCUAGGCGGUCUCGCUCUGAAAGUGAGACAUCUACUAUGGCUGCCAAGAAAAACCGGCAAUCCAGUGAUAAACAGAAUGGCCGAGUUGCCAAGGUCAAAGGUCAUCGGAGCCAAAAGCACAAGGAGAGAAUCAGACUACUGAGGCAGAAGCGGGAAGCUGCUGCGAGGAAGAAGUACAACCUGCUGCAGGAUAGUAGUACCAGUGACAGUGACCUGACUUGUGACUCCAGCACAAGCUCAUCUGAUGAUGAUGAAGAGGUUUCAGGGAGCAGCAAGACAAUCACUGCAGAGAUACCAGAUGGACCUCCAGUUGUAGCUCAUUAUGAUAUAUCUGACACCAGCUCUGACCCAGAAGUGGUAAAUGUGGACAAUUUAUUGGCGGCUGCAAUAGUUCAAGAGCACACUAAUUCUGUAGGCGGCCAGGACACAGGAGCUACCUGGAGGACCAGCGGGCUUCUAGAAGAGCUGAAUGCAGAGGCAGGUCACUUGGAUCCAGGAUUCUUGACAAGUGAUAAGCCAUCUGCGGGCAGUGCACCCCUGAAUGAGGAAAUUAACAUUGCCUCUUCGGACAGUGAAGUAGAGAUUGUGGGAGUUCAGGAGCAUGCAAGGUGCGUUCAUCCUCGAGGAGGUGUGAUUCAAAGCGUGUCUUCAUGGAAGCGUGGUUCGGGGACACAGUACGUCAGCAGCCGGCAGGCACAGUCAUGGACUGCUGUGACCCCCCAGCAGACCUGGGCUUCGCCAGCAGAAGUGGUUGACCUCACUCUGGAUGAGGAUAGUAGACGUAAAUACCUACUGUGAUCCCAUGUCACUGUGUUUCUCUGCACUGCUCCCUCCCACUUCCUCCUCCUCUGUGUCACACGGAACUUCAUUGUCAUGGCUUCAGCUUCAGAAGCUGUUUGUGGCAUUUGUAGAAUUGAAAACUCAUGGAAAACCUCUUUCUCUAUUUUUUUUUAAUUAAAAGAAGUCACUUAGGAAGAUAA